AUGUCGCUCCUGCCCCAACCCGACUCCUUUGGUGAUGACACCGACUACAGGCGAGACACGACCCUGUUUCCGAUUCCCGUCAUCGAACGCGCAAGCCAGCUCUAUGCCGCCGUCUCCAUGAAAAGAAAUCAACUCGAUGCUGUGUCCUCAGCUUUCAACAGUCGUGCCCAACGCCCCGUUCCUCUUGACAAGAUACUAGGCCAGCCGACCGACGACCGUAUCGCUUUCUUCCAACGUGCCUUUCCUGCUCAACUUGAACCCGAUUCUACCUUCGAUACGAUCCUCACGUGCAAAUUGGCUUCCGUGAUGUUCUCCGCAUCAGAACCAUCAAGCCCUCUGUCGAUGUUGUUCGAAGGAGUAAUCGCCGAUUCAUAUGCCGAUUAUCCGUACACUCCUGGUCGUACCCCGGAUUCGCCGUGUUGGGAGCGCUCGAGUGAGCCACGGAUCCGGACUAGCGAUAGGGAUCGCGCCAUGGAUGAGAGGAUGUAUCUUCACAGCCCAUGUCAAGAGGACGGGUCCAGCGUCAAGAUCUCGGCUGACCAGCAUGGCAAUGAUCACCACAACAGCUCUCAACUCUCGGACGCAUCCAGUGCAGGAUCAUCAACUGUUGACGAGACGCCCGGACCGGCUCACCAAGCAUUCAGCAAUACUUCGAGCUCGAACGAUUCUUGCAGCGCUUCAACCAUCGUGACCUACUCGUCUCCACCUCAAAUCGAAAAAUCGUCUCUGUUGCACUCACACUGCUCGUCGCCAACCUCGACGUUUGCUGACGGAUCAUCAUUGCCGCCUGUCCUUCCUGUGACACCCCGAAGCGCUAUCACCGACGUAGCAACAAUGUUGGACGAAACUUUAGCACAGGUGAUUGCGGAUCGAGCCAAACGUACGCCGAUCGAGCAAUGUGUCGAGCCCUCUGUGUCGUCGGCGACUCGAGCAGAGCGCCAAACUCGGGAAAGCGGGGUCGACGACCUGGAUCGAUUUCGAAUGCCUGGUGGUUGCGGCUCGCUGUGCGAUUCGCGAGCUAGCUUCGGCACUUUCGGACAAACCUCGGCGGCUGCUCCACAGGAGAUCGUUAGGCAUAGCCCGAUAGCUCUGGCGAUGACUAAGCGCGUGAUGAAGCAGAAGACCGAGAGGCCACCUGCAAGACCUCCACGUCCAGAGCACUGUCGUGGGACAUUGGAGGAUCUGAGCGCCAUCACGGUUCCCGUCUUCUUCGUUCAGAGGAGAAGCUCUCCGACGUUGAGGAGUAUAAGGAAGAGUCCGGAAGAGUACUUGAACAGGAAGCCGGGUAGGAUGGGCUCUGUGGCGGAUCGGUGCGUAGUCGCGCAAAAUGUCAAGAAGGAAAGCGGCGGUGUUGCAAAGUUUCAACUGGGUCCAGCGCCUCCGAAGUUGCCUAGGAAAGAUUCUGCGAGAGCAACACGUGGUGUGGCUUGGACGGAUUCCGUAGCAGCUGGACAAACGACAGUCGGAGUCACUCUAGCUGGAUCAGCUCGUUCAGAACUAACAGCUCCGGCGAGGGCUAGGAGGAUCAGCUCCGUCUCUGUGCAAACCUUUGUCUCGGCACGAUCACGCGCCGAAUGUCCCAUCGAAACGGCUGAAGCUGGGCAGUUGUUCGGGAAUGAUAGGACGAGAGAGAUUAAGGUUUGCUGGGUGCACGAGUCGGCGCAACAGCGAGAUGAUCCGAUCGAAGUGCUCAAUGUCGAACACCAUACGACAGGUGUAACAGAUCGACGCUCUUGUGCGCAUGCUAGUCACUGUUCCAAGCCGCUCAAUCAGUCAGCGGAGCCGCGACCUCCUUCAGCAGUGGUGUGGAAGAAGCCGUCACUGUUGCGCAAACUUUCGACUUCGUUGCGGAGGUCUCCUUCGAAGUCGACCGAUCCACAUGCUGGCGGGACGGACUACAGCCGAAUUGCAGGCGCGCAUCGCGGCGCGGUCGGGGAAGAUGAGUGGAAGAGCGCAGCUGUUCAUACCCAGGUGCCAAAUUCUGCUCCGCUCACACACCGGCCGACGACGAUCAGAGUCGUUGCGUCCACAGCGUCGCUUGCAACAGUCAAAUACUGGACAGCAACGUGCAAGGACCACGGUUUUCACAUGCGUUCCGCCGACAGUAGCAUCGCGUCGGCUCCAACACGUACUGUCACUGCCAGCUCCACUCCACCCUCGACGACGAUCACUCGGCUCCACACCCCGACCGUACAAGCCACGUCUCUGGCUCGAUCGUCGUCGCAUCAGCGGUCGUCUUCGUCGCCUUCACCAACCAUGCUCACGCUGAAACGCAAAACGAGCUUCUCCAGCACUCACACUAGCAGCCCCGUGAGAAAUACACGAGCGUCGUCGUCUGUGGGAUUGAUAAGGAAACCUUCGCGAACAACCAUCGUAGGAUCCGCAAAGCAAAGCGUCACACACUUGGAUGGCGUGGCUGCCAACAAGUCCACUUGCGGCGUGACAAGUGUGUCUAUUCGUCGAGUGGCGACCUGA